GGCAUCUUUUUCCGGCAACACCGCCCCACUACAACAUUUGGUCCUUCGAGCCGGAUUUCCUGGAUAUUCUGGAUACUUUGGAUUCUGGAUAUCUUCUUCUACCAGCAGUUCUCGGCAGUGUUCCGCCAAAAGAUAAUUCCGCCAGUCAUAUUCAGCACGAUGUCGCCACGUCCACGCAGCGCCCAGUCACUGGAGAGCAGAUGUACUCGAGGUACACAGUCCUACCGAUGCCGAGUCUGCAGUGGGAUCCAUCCUCUGAAGAAGUGUCGGCGCUUUCUACGUCUCAGUGCCGAGAAGCGGCUCCGGGCGGUUCUCGUGAACCGGUAUUGCUCCAGCUGCCUGGCUCACGAGCACUCCGACGGAUCGUGUCGGCGUGGGGACUGCUGUAGAACAUGUGGUCAGGAUCACCACUCGCUGCUGCACCUCGUGGAGAAGCCACGGUCUCGGCGUCAGCCGCGUCAAGAGGAGCACAAGUCACGGAGCGCGGGAGACAGUACACGGAGUGUCUCAGCUAGCGCUCGGCCGUCGUCCGCCAACUCCUGGCGUGGUUCGGUUGCUUCGCGGCCUUCGUCUGCCAACUCCAGGCGCAUUUCGGUUGCUUCGCCGCCUUCGUCCGCCACUUUCCGGCACUCACAAGCCGAUCCAUGGCCAUCGACUUCCCGGCGCUCGUCGGCAGCUCCUCGGCAUUCUUCCGCCACUGGCCGGCAGGCUUCAGAUGCUCCACGGCCUUCGUCCGCCACUCAUCGGGUGCCGUCCACCGCUCGUCCGCCCGCGUCAUCCGCGCCUAGGCAAUUUUCCGCUUCUCGUCAAGAGCCCCCGAAGGACGCGGCCGCUGCGCCCACCCUAUCGUCGCUGCUGCAACGGAACAGCGUCAAUGUGUUGCCGACCGCGAUAGUGCGCAUCGCCAUUGCCCUUAUCGACCCGUGUACGCCCUCAAGCUGCAUCGACGCAUCGCUAGCGGCGAGUUUCCGUCUGCCCACUACCAGCGUGGGGGACGAAGGAGUAUGUUCGGCCACCGUGGGUUCAAAAAUGGAUGAUAGCGUACGGCUGGAGGUCGCUUUCAAAAUCGAGCCUCACAUGCGCGUUCAUACGCCGUCUCGAGAGCUGAGCGAGGCGGUGCGUGCCCACUUCCGAGGCGUGACAUUGGCGGAUGAGCGGUUCUAUCUGCCAGCGACGAUCUCCGUUGUCCUGGGCGCGGACAUGUACCCGCGGAUCAUGCAGCCGGGCUUCCUGAAGAUCCAGGACGGGCUGCCAGUGGCCCAGAGCACCGUUUUUGGAUGGGUCGUGUCCGGAGCCUGUCACCAACCGUAGCGACGAGGGAGCUGUUGCAACCCGAGUGAUUGCAAGGGGGCGGGAUGUUCAGAUGAGGGGCUAAUGUGCCGCCGAAGAAGAGCGCGUGAAGAGCGCAUCCGCGCUGAAGAGCGCAUCCACUCUAAAGAGCGCAUCCGCG